AUUUAUUUAUUUGAUGAUCGCAUUGUCUUGAAUGUACCAGCAUUGUGUUGUUGUUUUAGUUUUGGAUUGCUCUGGAAAAUUGUGAGGAAUUAUGCAUAUGCCAUGCUUUCAUAAUUGACUUCAAAGGUAAGCAAUGAAUUCAGCUUCGGAUCACCCCAUGGUACAAAAUGGGAGAGCCAAUAGCUCAAAGGUAUCUGUCCGUUCGGGUGUUUUUGAACCAACUGUAAUUCGUAACAAUGACAUUGAAGCCAAUAAGCGAGCCAUAUUGGUGGAAUGGAUGAAUAGUAUUGUUCCUAGUUUAAAUUUGCCAGUAAAAGCUUCAUCCGAGGACUUGAGAGCCUGCUUGAUCGAUGGCACUGUUCUGCUACAGCUUUUAAAUAAGCUUAGACCUGGUUAUGCAUACAAGGCUGGAAGUUCUAGCUCUGAAAAUGUUAAGAAGUUUCUGGCAAGUAUGGAUGAAUUGGGGAUUCUCAAGUUUGAACCGUCAGACCUGGAGAAGGGAUCUAUGAAGAACGUUAUGGAUUGCCUUUCAACACUUCGAGCACAAUUCGCAUAUCUGGGUGUUGUUUCUCCCACUGGUGGGAUUAAAUAUGGCAGCCCUCGUGGGGAUGCAUCUUCCAAUGGCCUUUUUUCUUCAACAUUUGGGGAAGAAAAGCGAAAGUUUUCUCCAGAGUCAAAAAUUCAACAAGCCUUGCGGAGUCCUGUUAUAACAGAGGCAUCAGCUGCAUCCAUGCCCCAUGUUGUACAUAAGUUCCAUGAGAUGUUUCAACUGAAACAAGGCUGCUAUUCAGAUCUUUCUGCUGCAAAAAUCUCUGAAAUGAUGAGAUCAAAUAGUUUGGAUAAUGCACCAACUCAGUCACUUCUGAGUGUUGUGAAUGGAAUAUUGGAUGAAAGCAUCGAAAGAAAGAGUGACGAGAUACCGCAUCGUGUGGCUUGUCUGUUGAGAAAGGUUGUACAAGAGAUUGAACGCCGUAUUUCAACUCAAGCAGAACACUUGAGAACACAAAACAAUCUAUUUAAGGUUCGUGAGGAGAAGUACCAGUCAAGAAUCAGAGUACUUGAAGCCCUGGCUUCUGGGACUGGUGAAGAGAGGGGGGUUGUUAUGGACCAGCUUCAACAAAUUAAGAUUGAGAAGUCCAAAAUGGAGGAAGAGAAGAAAAUUGGAGUGGACCAUGUUGCUAAGUUGACCGAAGAGCAGAAGCAAAGAGAUCUUGAACUUUCAGCCUUGAAACAAGAAUUAGAACUAGUGAAACAGACACAUGAACUAAAUCGAUUGCAAAUGGAAACAGAAGCUAAGGCCACUAAAGGUGGCCUUGAGGGGAGAUUAAAAGAACUUGAAAUGCACUUGGAAGAUUCGAGGAACCAAGUGAGAGUGCUUGAGGCAUAUUCUCAGUCAAAAUCUAAGAUGUUCAACAAGAAAGAACACAUCUUUAAGAGCUUUGUUGAGUUUCAAUUUGGUGCACUGAAGGAACUGAGGUUGUCCUCUAAGUCCAUCAAGCAUGAAAUUAUAGAAGUACAAAAAAGCUACUUGGAGGAAUUCAAUGGCCUAGGAGUAAAGUUAAAAGCAUUAAUUGAUGCAACUGGGGAUUAUCAUAUAGUCCUUGCUGAAAAUAGGAGGAUGUUUAAUGAGCUUCAGGAACUAAAAGGAAACAUCAGAGUUUAUUGCCGGAUAAGGCCAUUUCUUCCUGGGCAUGGUGAAAAACAUUCAACGGUAGAAUAUAUAGGUGAACACGGAGAGUUAACAGUUGUGAAUCCCUCCAAACAAGGGAAAGAUAGACGCCGCAAUUUUAAGUUCAAUAAGGUCUUCGGUCCAGAUUCUACUCAAGCUGAGGUAUAUUCAGACACUCAACCAUUGAUACGUUCUGUCCUGGAUGGAUACAGUGUAUGUAUAUUUGCUUAUGGACAAACUGGUUCGGGAAAAACUUACACAAUGACAGGUCCCAAUGGAGCAUCUGAAGAGGAUUGGGGGGUUAAUUAUCGGGCUCUAAAUGACCUAUUCAGUAUUUCUCAGAAUAGAAGAGACUCCCUUAUAUAUGAGAUUCAGGUUCAGAUGGUUGAAAUAUAUAACGAACAAGUGCGUGAUUUACUAUUGAGUGAUGGUUCUCAGAAAAAACUUGGGAUUAUUUCUACCGUCCAACCCAAUGGUUUGGCGGUACCAGAUGCUAGCAUGCAUCCUGUUACAUCAACUUCAGACGUGUUAGAAUUAAUAGAUGUUGGACUAAAAAACAGAGCUGUUGGAGCCACUGCCAUGAAUGAAAGAAGUAGCCGCUCUCAUAGUGUUGUCAGUAUCCAUGUUCGUGGAAAGGAUUUGCAUUCUGGUGCUGCUUUACAUGGUAAUCUUCAUUUGGUGGAUCUAGCAGGGAGCGAAAGGGUAGAUCGCUCUGAGGCAACUGGAGACAGACUUAGGGAAGCACAACAUAUAAACAAAUCGUUAUCUGCCCUCGGGGAUGUCAUUUUCGCUCUUGCACAAAAGAAUUCUCAUGUACCAUAUAGAAACAGCAAGCUCACUCAACUACUUCAAAGCUCAUUAGGAGGUCAAGCAAAGACGCUUAUGUUUGUACAGCUCAAUCCUGAUGUUAGUUCAUAUUCUGAAACUAUAAGCACUCUGAAGUUUGCAGAGAGGGUCUCUGGAGUUGAGCUAGGUGCAGCUCGAAGCAGCAAAGAGGGCAGAGAUGUUAGGGAAUUAAUGGACCAGGUGGCAUCUCUCAAAGACACAAUUGCAAAAAAGGAUGAUGAGAUUGAGCAGUUGCAAUUAACAAAAGAUCUUAAAAACGAGUAUCCUGGUUCAGCGAGGUAUGGUGAUUCCUCUGCGAGCUAUAAUUCUUCAAGUGUUAUUCCUCACAGAACCCGAAAACCAUCUGACAGGAGAAGUGUAGGAAGUGAGACAGCUUCUUAUCAGGAAAGCAUUUCAGAGUGCAGUGACAAGCAUUCUGAAGCUGGUUCCCAGCAAUCAAAACUUUCUGAUGGGGACACAGGUCAUGAUAUGUCAUUUGCAGAUGCUGAGAUAUUAAGAUUUGAAGAUGGAGACUAUGAGGAUAGAUUAAGUGACAUUUCUGAGAGUGUUCUUUCAGUGGGAACAGAACCUGAUGACACAACAGAUCAAGGCACAAAACUAUCACAGACAUUGCGGAAGAGUAAAGUGGCAUCUACUAUUCGACUCCUACAAAACCAAACGCAAAACGCAUCAAAGGCAGUGACUGUGUCAAGGGACAACCCAAAAGGGUCCGCAAGUAUUAAGAAAACUGUCAAUUCCAACCUAGACAAGCCUCCAAAGCGGUGGCAGUAAAUUAGAAGCCAUUCAUUGAGUUUAUCAAGAUUACUUUUCAUUCAUUGAUUUCUUCAUAUAAGUUAAUUUAUGUCUUUAUUCACUGACUUGCAGUGAUAUGUAGUGUUUAUAAUCAUAGAUAUAUCGAGGCUUCUAUCCCCUCUAUGAGUUCUAAAAACUUUCUCCCAUUUCUGAUUCUUACGAAGGGACAGUUUUGUAUUUACUUCGAACUGAAGCAACAAAACCUUAGAAAUGUAAAUUCUCUCUGAAAUGCAGAUUGUAAAGUCCUUCGAAAAAUUUAUUAUACGUGUCUGUCAUGUUCAUGUUAUUGGGACUGAAUAUUCAUUCCUUA